AUGGGAGAAUGCUCUGGCGGCGCUAGGCGUCAAGAGAACCUUGAUCCUAAUCUGCCUCUGCCUCAAGGGGUGGAUUCCUCUACACGCAGAGAUCCCAAAAAAUUUAAAAGACUCGCUACUGGGGAGUUUGUCCCUAAUCUGAGCCCUCAAGAUAAUGGAGAGGAUUUUAGUCUUUCUCGAAGCCAAGAUAUGGAGACAGAGGCUUGUGAAGGGAUGGAUAAUGCGAACAAUACUUCACGAUUCCCUAAGCCUAUUGUGGCUGCAGAGGAAAUUCGACAAAUGUGGAAGCCAUGGAGUAGGGGGCUUAUCCUGAAAGUUUUGGGGAAAACUGUAGGGUUUUGGACCCUAGAGCAGAAAUUGAAGGAGCUGUGGCAACUAAGCCAGGAUUUUGAAAUCACAGAUUUGGAACGGGGCUUCUACGUAGUUCGGUUUCGAGCGAAGGAAGAUUACCAUAAAACGUUGGAUGGAGGACCGUGGAUGGUUCAGGGACACUACAUAACCGUUACCAAGUGGAGGCCGGACUUUCGGGCAGAGAAGGCUGAUAUUACAUCCACCAUGGUUUGGGUCAGACAACCAGGACUCCCAGUUGAAUACUAUAUAGAAAAGUUUUUAAUGGCAGUGGGAAACUGCGUCGGUAAGGCAAUUAAAGUAGAUCAGCGCACGUUGACUGCUGAGAGAGGGAAAUUUGCUAGAAUUUACGUUGAAGUUGAUUUGAAGAAACCCUUAACUCCAUUCAUAUGGGUAAAUCAAGAUCUCCAAAGGAUUGAAUAUGAGGGGCUACACCAAAUCUGCUUUAAUUGUGGGCAAUAUGGCCACAUAGCGGAACACUGUAAAUCUAAGAACCAGGGGCUGGAACCAGGAGAGGAAGCAGUUACGAGGGGACCAGAGUAUGCUAGUAAGGAGAAAGAGAAUGAGGGGACAGAAAAUCAACCUUUUGGACCAUGGUUCAAGAAGACAGCGGUAUGA